CCCUCUCCUAAACCAACGAAAGCAGACCGCCAAGCAGACCAGACCGAAGCAGCGGAAGGCGCGGAAGGCGCUCACGGAACCGAGCCCAUGAGUGAUGCAGCGGACUCGUGCCACCCAUUUGCAGCUGGAAGAUGGCGAGCAGAGGCCCAGCGCCCAGUUCUGGUGGCGCUGGCACCGCUGGCUCGACGCGCUCGCGUCACCUUUGUCUCUUCCAGGCCACCCGCCUGAGGGACCAGCAGAAGAAGCGGUGCGUCGCGUUUUCCAAGGAUUGGCACAAGAGGCCGUCGAGAAGCGCGAACAGCGACGGGCCAUGGGCAUUCAGGUCCGUGGGCCCCGGGCGAACCGGGAGGCCUUGUACUUCGCGCCGCAGCGUGCGUCCUGGGAACAGUCGAUCCGCAGCUUCCUGGAACGAUCCCCCGCGGCGGAGGGCUGCGAUUUGGUGCAGUUGGAGCGCCUGGCAGCGCUCCAGCAUUUCUUGGAGGUGGACAUCGCGGACCUGCAUUUGCCCCCCGAGCAGCGCUGUAGCGAGGAUGAGUAUCUUGAAGCUGCUCCACUACAGGACGUUUGCUCGCAGUUCCUCAUGGACGUCACGAGAGGGGUCUACAUCAUUGAAGGCCAACGCUUUGACUUCGAGGAGGUCCUUGAACAGUCGGGUCUCCGAAUCGAAGACGAACCUUUGAGGGUGGAGGAGCUCAAGGAGAACUUCUCCCAAAAGGUGGCCGCUGAGAUCCGGCAACGCUUACGGCAGAGCCCGGCGGGCAAGACAGCGGAGAGUGAGGCGGGCUACAACGUGUUGGUGCGUGGCGCCACCUCCUUAUUGAGCCAGUCGGGCUUAGCGAACCUGGAGCGCGCAUGCGAUGCGCGGGUCGUGGUGGGUGGCGGAGAUCAGGAGCUCAUCUUCGAGCUGAAGCCUUGCGAGAACGAAGCUGCUUGGGAUUUCUUGCUUUGCUGCGAGAAGAUGAAUUUCGAGAACUUCAUGGUAGCUGGGCCUGAUGGGUCAAACCAGUUCUUCCAAUGCGGCACUGGCUCGCGAAUUUUCAGGUCGACGCAGAUCCGCCUGACUGUGGAGCCUAAGUAUCCUCCGGUCUCCAUUGAGGUCCUGGAACUCCGCUCCGAGAUGGACCUGCUGGACGAGCUCUAUCAGCCGAUCGCCUGGGAACCCGUGCAGGACCGGCGACUGGCUUUCAGAGUCAGCUCCAUCAAUCUGGUGAGGGCCUUGGCCGCCUUGCCCUUUCGUCUUUUGCGAUCCUGCUGGGCGAAAGCGCAGCAGACGUUCCGCGCGCCCGAGCGCUCAGAGGGGGAGCUGCCGCUCUACGAAGCGGGCCUGGAGCUGCCGGAGCGGUGAACGGAAAAAGGUCUGGGGUGCUCCCAGUCUGGCACCUCCCCUUGGAGUUGUCGCCCAAAGCCGCGAGCGCUGAGAGGGUCUUGGUUUCUUAGUGGGGGGGAGGACGUUGGUGUGAUCAUACCGUGAAG